AUGACCUGGACACCCUCCACCCCCCCACCCGCCAUCCCCUCCUCCUCCUUCGCCCUCUCCUACCCCGCUCCCCACAUCCUCCUCGUCACCAUCACCCGCGAAAAAGCCAUGAACUCCAUCCCCUCCUUCGCCCACUGGGAAGCCGACGACGUGUUCCGCUGGUUCGACGACGAGCCCGACCUCCGCGUCGCCAUCAUCACCGGCGCCGGCACCCGCUCCUUCUGUGCCGGCCAGGACCUCAUCGAGCAGGGCCACAUCAAGGGCGGGAAGGCGUCCUCGUCGGACCGGGCGCUCGCCACGCAUCCCGCGAGCGGGUUCGCGGGCGUGAGUCGGCGGGUGGGAAAGAAGCCGGUGUUGGCGGCGGUGAAUGGGUGGGCGUUGGGCGGCGGGUUUGAGAUCGUGUUGAAUUGCGACAUGGUCGUCGCCGCGCCCACCGCCAAAUUCGGCCUCCCCGAAGCCCUACGCGGCCUCUAUGCCGCCGCCGGCGGCCUCCCACGCAUCGUGCGCAACGUCGGGAUCCCGCUCGCGUCGGAGAUCGCGAUGACCGGACGCCAACUGACAGCCGAGGAAGCGCUGCGGUUCAAUCUGAUUAAUCGGAUCGCGCAGUCGCAGGCGACAGUCGUUUCCGAGGCGGUGGAGCUGGCGCAGAAGAUCGCAGCGCUGAGUCCGGAUGCGGUGAUCGUAACGCGGGCGGGGUUGCGGGAGGCGUGGGAGACGGCGAGCGUGGAGGGGGCGGCGCGGGUGACGUCGGAGCAGUAUGGAGCGAAGUUGAUGAAGGGGGAUAAUAUUCGGAUUGGGUUGGCGGCGUUUGCGCAGAAGAAGCAGCCGAAGUGGGUGCCGUCGAAAUUGUAG